AUGCCACUUAUCGAGUCAGUCACAGGUGUGGCCGCAGCCACUUUUACCACGAUCAGUGAAUUGAGUCACUCUACGUCAGACGGGGGCCGCGACUCAGAAGCUCCAAUGAGUCCUUCAGGUGACUCCGGCCUCCUUUUUUCGCCUAUAGUUGGUCCCCUUACAAAUCCACCGUCACAACAGUAUCUUUCAUCUCCGGUCAGCGGAGUCAUUGCUUCUACCCAGUUGCCGAUGCUAUCGCUUAGUGCCUCUGCAUCAGUUUCCUCCUCACCCACAGCCACCACUUGCUGGCCCGCUGGCUCAAGUUCUGGUGUUAGUACAGGAUCCAUCGCGCGCACAUCUGCACCACCUGUCCCUCCACUUGCCAGCAAUGUCACUACUGUCGGUCUAUUUGGAAGCCCUGUAUCUUCGCUUUCCCCAUCAGCUUUAGUUAGUCUGCUGUCAAACACGGCCACCGCUACUGGUACUAUCAUCUCCACCUCUAGCAUUGGGACACCCAGCCCUCCUCCACAGGCUCCUCCACCCGAUAGUCAGGCUCACCAUUGGCGCGAAGGUAAUCUACCAGUCAACUCAAAAUGCGCCGCUUGCCGCAAGGCCUGUUGGUCCACUGAAUGUCUUACUGGGAUGCGCUGCGAAUGGUGUGGCGCAACAGUACGUAUAUGA